AUGUGGAAUUCGAUUCCUAACGUACAACGUCAAUCACAGCAGCAGUUCCCUAGGAAUGCUUACCAGCCACCGCCAAAUGUUCCUCAAAUCCAGGCUCAGCGUACGUCUUACGUACCGCCUCAGCAACAACAACCACAAGGAGCCUACCAGCCGCGUCAGCAGCAGCAGCAGCAGCCGCCGCAGGGCCAGACCAACCUAGCCGGCCAGCUCUUGCUCUCUGACAAGCCGUGGAAUCAAGCCGGUUACUCCAACACAGGCUACGUAGCGCGGCAGCCACGCGCUCGGCCAGCUGCAGCAUACCAAGCGGAGCCACAGGAAGUUGCUCCUCCCGACGAGAGCUUGCCAGCGUUUUACGACGGCCAGCACUUCUAUGACCCCCACAAUGACGCGUAUUAUGUAGAUGAGGAAUACAACAGCUAUGCGGAGUACCCUGAGGAGGAUCCUCAAGCGUACUGGCAGGCCCCUCCUUUUCAGGACAACGAGGACGACCAUGACCAACCAUGUUACUCCGUGACAGAGGAUCUCACACCUACCGCCACCUGCCUACACUGCUCUGCCGCCUUUUUAUCCAAUAACAAACUCCACGCGCACCUAAAGGACUGCGCUUCGAGACACACAGCAGCCGCAGUCGAUGACACCACCGUUGCGUACUACAUAUCCCAGUUGUGA